GAUGCCAUUACUGAAAUGGAUGAACACAAUCAUCCCAUUCAUACGUACCAGGUGUGCAAUGUGAUGGAACCAAACCAAAACAACUGGCUUCGAACAAACUGGAUUUCCCGUGAUGCUGCACAGAAAAUCUAUGUGGAAAUGAAGUUUACCCUGAGGGACUGCAACAGCAUUCCGUGGGUAGUGGGAACCUGCAAGGAAACUUUUAAUCUCUACUACAUGGAAUCAGAUGAGUCUCAUGGAUUAAAAUUCAAGCCAAACCAGUACACUAAAAUUGAUACUAUUGCGGCUGAUGAGAGCUUUACUCAGAUGGACUUGGGUGAUCGCAUUCUUAAACUCAACACAGAAGUUCGUGAGGUUGGGCCAAUAAACAAGAAAGGCUUUUAUCUUGCAUUUCAGGACAUUGGAGCAUGUAUUGCUUUGGUCUCAGUCCGUGUUUAUUACAAGAAGUGCCCUUUCACAGUCCGUAACUUGGCCAUGUUUCCUGAUACUAUUCCAAGGGUUGAUUCUUCCUCUUUGGUGGAAGUGCGGGGCUCCUGUGUGAAGAGUGCUGAGGAACGUGAUACUCCAAAAUUGUAUUGUGGAGCAGAUGGGGAUUGGCUUGUGCCUCUUGGACGAUGUAUCUGCAGCGUAGGAUAUGAAGAAGUGGAUGGUUCCUGUCACGCUUGCAGGCCUGGAUUCUAUAAAGCAUUUGCUGGAAAUGUAAAGUGCUCCAAGUGCCCUCCACACAGUUCAACCUAUGUUGAAGCAACUUCAGUAUGUCAGUGUGAAAAAGGUUACUUCAGAGCUGAGAAAGAUCCACCAACUAUGGCAUGUACCCGGCCACCUUCUGCUCCCAGGAAUGUGAUUUUUAACAUUAACGAAACAGCUCUCAUGUUGGAAUGGAGCCCACCAAGUGAUACCGGAGGAAGAAAAGAUCUCACUUACAGUGUCAUCUGUAAGAAAUGUGGGUCAGAUGCCAGCCAGUGUGAAAUCUGUGGGGGAGGAAUCCGCUUCAUUCCCAGGCACACAGGUCUCAUCAACUCCUCUGUGACGGUGCUGGACUUCGUGUCACAUGUGAACUACACCUUUGAAAUCGAGGCGACGAAUGGCGUCUCGGAGUUGAGUUUCUCUCCCAAGCAGUUCACAGCUAUCACAGUUACCACAGACCAAGAUGCACCCUCCUUGAUAGGUAUGGUAAGGAAGGACUGGGCUUCCCAAAACAGCAUUGCCCUCUCCUGGCAAGAGCCGGACUUUCCCCAUGGAGCCAUUCUGGACUACGAGAUCAAGUACUAUGAGAAAGUCUACCCACGGAUAGCGCCGGCAUUUUGGCACUACCUGCGGGUAGAAGAGCAUGAGCAGCUCAGCUAUUCCUCCACAAGGUCCAAGGCUCCGAGUGUUAUCAUCACAGGUCUCAAGCCAGCCACCAAGUAUAUAUUUCAUAUCAGAGUCAGGACGGCAGCAGGAUACAGCGGCUAUAGCCAGAAGUUUGAAUUUGAAACUGGAGAUGAAACUUCUGAUAUGGCUGCAGAGCAGGGACAGAUUCUCGUGAUUGCCACUGCUGCUGUUGGUGGAUUCACUCUCCUGGUCAUCCUCACUUUGUUCUUCCUGAUCACUGGGAGAUGCCAGUGGUACAUAAAGGCCAAAAUGAAAUCUGAAGAGAAGAGAAGGGCUCAUUUGCAAAAUGGAAAUUUACGUUUCCCAGGAAUCAAAACAUAUAUUGAUCCAGACACAUAUGAAGACCCAUCCCUUGCUGUCCAUGAAUUUGCAAAGGAGAUAGAUCCUUCAAGAAUUCGUAUUGAGAGAGUUAUUGGGGCAGGUGAAUUUGGGGAAGUAUGCAGUGGACGUCUGAAGACACCAGGAAAAAGAGAGAUACCUGUUGCAAUUAAAACUCUGAAAGGUGGUUACAUGGACAGGCAAAGAAGAGAUUUCCUGAGAGAAGCUAGUAUAAUGGGUCAGUUUGAUCACCCAAAUAUAAUUCGUCUUGAAGGAGUUGUUACAAAAAGCAGACCAGUAAUGAUUGUAGUUGAAUACAUGGAGAAUGGAUCCCUUGACUCCUUUCUGCGGAAACACGAUGGCCACUUCACAGUCAUCCAGCUGGUGGGCAUGCUGCGGGGAAUUGCAUCUGGCAUGAAGUACCUCUCAGACAUGGGCUAUGUACACCGUGAUCUGGCAGCCCGUAACAUUUUGGUCAACGGCAACCUCAUGUGUAAAGUCUCCGACUUCGGUUUGUCACGGGUGUUGGAGGAUGAUCCUGAAGCUGCUUAUACAACAAGUGGUGGAAAAAUUCCCAUCCGGUGGACUGCUCCUGAAGCUAUAGCUUACCGCAAGUUCUCUUCAGCAAGCGAUGCGUGGAGCUACGGGAUUGUAAUGUGGGAAGUGAUGUCCUACGGUGAGAGACCAUACUGGGAGAUGUCCAACCAGGAUGUUAUACUGUCUAUUGAAGAAGGUUACAGGCUACCAGCUCCUAUGGGCUGCCCAGCUUCUCUUCACCAGCUCAUGCUUCACUGCUGGCAAAAGGAGAGGAACCACCGUCCAAAAUUUAGUGAUAUUGUCAGCUUCCUGGACAAACUGAUCCGCAAUCCAAGCACUCUUCAUACCCUAGUGGAGGACGUACUUGUAAUGCCAGAUUCACCUGGUGAAGUCCCAGAAUUUCCUUUGUUUGUUUCAGUUAGUGACUGGCUGGACUCCAUAAAAAUGGGUCAAUAUAAAAGCAACUUCAUGGCAGCAGGUUUCACAACUCUGGAUAUGGUUUCGAGAAUGAGUAUUGAUGACAUUAGAAGAAUUGGAGUUGUACUCAUUGGACACCAGAGACGAAUAGUCAGCAGUUUACAGACUUUGCGGUUACACAUGAUGCACAUACAGGAGAAAGGAUUUCAUGUAUGAAAGUACUAGAAUCAACUGUGUUUUGUGCCUCAGCAUUUCUAAAACGAAAAAUAUUCUCAUUCUUCCCUUCUGCUUUUCUCAACUUCAAGAACUGCAGUCUCCUGGUUAGACUCCAAAAGUACUUCUACGUUAAUGCUUCCAAACUGGAAUUUUUAAUCACACUGCAUAGUUCCUCUGUCAGUUAUCUGCCAAUAAAAUCCUGACCUACUGCAAGACUUGCUACACACUGAUGAAUAAUAACUCAGCAACUCAGCAUGGAUGUGUAACUUUGUAUAACAGUACUUGGGAAACUUUCACAAACUUACUGGAAAGUAGUAAUCUGUUUGGCCUGGUGUGGCUUCUUUAUCGAUGUAUUUAGAGUUUGCUGGUAGAUCAAAACGUAUUUGACUUCUUUCAUGUUCUGUGACCAUGUAACUUCCAAUACCAAAUGUGCAAUCAAGAAGUUUCACAUAAAUAUUUAUUUUGUCUUCUAAUUAAAUCAAAAUGUAUGGGUCCUAUGGUUAUAUUACUUUAUAAUAGUUUAAAUGCUGGUAAGCCGGUGCCUCAAAAUGUGAACAUUGUUUGCAAAAAUGACUGAUGAUUUUAUGUAGUGAGUUUUCAUUGUUUUGGAACUGGGAGGAUAGUGAGAGAAAUCUGGCUGAAGUCUUCAGGUCCUUGAUUCUGAACUA